AAAACCAUUAUUAUGAGAAUAUUGUGCCAAUGACAUCUCUAGAAAAAGAGACAUUUUUCUCUCUCACACUUUAAGGAUACAACAACAAUCUCAAUUUCGUUCCUUCAAAAAAAAAAAAUUUCGUUUUGUUUUUUUUUUUUCUUUCGAAAGCAAACAUUUUUGCGAAUCAAUAUAAACUAAAAAUAACAAAACAAUAAAUAGCAGAGUGACGAUUCUUUCUCUCUGCCUCCUUCUCGAUUUUUGAUUCGCUCACCGGCGGAGCAAUCAGAUAUGGCGGCGGCGACGACGACGGAAUCGAGGAACCAGAUUCCGCCGUACAUGAAAGCAGUCUCAGGUUCACUAGGCGGAGUCGUCGAGGCUUGUUGUCUCCAACCAAUCGACGUAAUCAAAACGCGUCUGCAGCUAGAUCGCGUCGGCGCUUACAAAGGAAUCGCGCACUGUGGUUCAACGGUGGUUCGAACCGAAGGAGUUCGUGCUCUUUGGAAAGGUUUAACGCCGUUCGCUACUCAUCUCACGCUUAAGUACACGCUUCGGAUGGGAUCCAACGCCAUGUUUCAAACCGCGUUUAAGGAUUCCGAGACCGGAAAAGUUAGCAAUCGUGGCCGUUUGCUUUCCGGAUUCGGCGCCGGCGUUCUUGAAGCUCUCGCCAUUGUUACACCCUUUGAGGUGGUGAAAAUUAGACUUCAGCAACAGAAAGGAUUAAGUCCUGAGCUCUUCAAGUACAAAGGACCAAUACAUUGUGCUAGAACCAUUGUGAGAGAAGAAAGCAUACUUGGGUUAUGGUCAGGUGCAGCACCAACGGUUAUGAGAAACGGCACCAACCAAGCUGUAAUGUUCACAGCGAAAAACGCAUUUGACAUACUUUUGUGGAACAAACAUGAAGGCGAUGGUAAAGUCUUGCAGCCAUGGCAGUCAAUGAUCUCAGGGUUUUUAGCUGGAACCGCAGGUCCGUUCUGCACCGGACCAUUUGAUGUGGUGAAGACGAGGCUGAUGGCUCAGAGCAGAGACAGUGAAGGUGGGAUUAGAUAUAAAGGGAUGGUUCAUGCCAUUAGAACAAUUUAUGCAGAGGAAGGAUUAGUGGCUUUAUGGAGAGGGUUAUUGCCGAGGCUAAUGAGGAUUCCACCGGGACAAGCCAUUAUGUGGGCUGUUGCUGAUCAAGUCACUGGUCUUUAUGAAAUGAGAUAUCUUCGGAAUGCUACUUUAUAGAGAGACACUUUUUCUUUUUAAAAAGCAGUGUUUCUAGUUGCUUUAUUUCUGAAAAUUCUUGGUAGGAUUUGGAUUAGAACAAGAAAAAUAAAAGUAAUCGCACAUUUGGUAACGAUUUUACUAUAAUCAAAUUUUGGGAGUUCCUUU